GCAGGGUACGGAGCUGCUGGCUUCCGCGAUAAUUCCGGCAUUGUCGUUGUCUUCAUCGCCAGCCAGACGAGAGAGAACAACACUAUUUGUUAUUAUUGUUAUAUCUAUUAAUUGCAUUCACACGCGAAGUGCAGUUUUUUUCGUUGACGAAAGAUAAGUGCAGAAUCUGAGUGUCUAAAGCGAUUAGGAACUCUUGGACUAACGUUUUUUCGGCAAAGAGACGAGUUCUCCUUUUUUCACACCUCCAACAACAGCUAUCGCUCACGUUCCCGUACUAUAAACUAUAUAUAUUUGAAACGAUCGUUUCAUUAUGGCUGACACGGAGAUCAUUGUGACCAAUGCCGGAGAGCCAUCCACGAAGGCCAGCCUUAUUGUGGUUUCGAAUCGUUUGCCCUUCGUCCUGACACGUAAUGCCAAGACCAAGGAACUGGAACGCAAAGCCAGUGCUGGCGGUCUUGUGACUGCCGUCUGUCCGGUGGUUAUCAAGGGCAGCGGUCUCUGGGUGGGCUGGUCCGGCAUUCAUCUGGAGGAUCCCAAUGAGGCAAUACCCGAAUCGAAUCCUUACGAUCAAACACCCACCGCUGGCCUUAAGUCCGAUCAAGUAGUCUCGGUGAAUAUUGAUGCCAAGAUCUUUGAUAGCUACUACAAUGGCUGCUGCAACAAGAUCUUCUGGCCACUCUUCCAUUCGAUGCCAGGACGCGCCAAUUUUGGUGGCGAGCAUUGGCAUGAUUAUGUCACGGUUAAUAAGCACUUUGCUGUGCGCACCAUUGAGGCGCUGGAGAAAUGUUUGGCCAAGAACAAUGGAAGCGAUAAGAGUCCACCGAUUGUCUGGAUACACGAUUAUCAUUUGAUGUUGGCCGCCAAUUGGGUGCGUGAGCAUGCCGAGGAGAAAAAUCUGCCUUGUCGCUUGGCUUUCUUCCUCCACAUUCCCUUCCCGCCAUGGGACAUCUUCCGUCUGCUACCCUGGUCCGAUGAGAUCCUACAGGGUAUGCUUGGCUGUGAUUUGGUUGGUUUUCACAUUCAGGACUAUUGCUUGAACUUUGUUGACUGCUGUCAACGUAAUCUCGGCUGUCGUGUGGAUCGCAAUAACUUGCUGGUGGAGCAUGGUGGACGCACUGUGCGCGUUCGUCCUCUGCCCAUUGGCAUUCCCUAUGAGCGCUUUGUUAAUUUGGCACAGAAUGCACCCAAAGUGCUGAAGACUUCGAAGCAACAGAUUAUUUUGGGCGUUGAUCGCUUGGACUACACCAAGGGCUUGGUGCAUCGUCUAAUGGCUUUCGAGGCGCUGCUGCUCAAGUAUCCGCAGCACAAGGAGAAGGUGAGUCUGCUGCAGAUUUCGGUGCCUUCGCGGACAGAUGUCAAGGAGUAUCGUGAGCUUAAGGAGGAGGUGGAUCAGCUGGUGGGUCGUAUCAACGGACGUUUCACCACCGCCAACUGGGCGCCCAUUCGCUACAUUUACGACUAUGUCAGCCAGGAUGAGUUGGCGGCCCUCUACAGAGAUGCUGCUGUCUGUCUAGUAACACCACUCAGAGAUGGCAUGAAUCUGGUGGCCAAGGAGUUUGUUGCCUGCCAAAUCAACGAGGUGCCUGGUGUGCUGGUCAUCUCCCCAUUCGCCGGAGCUGGUGAAAUGAUGCACGAAGCGUUGCUCUGCAAUCCGUACGAGGUAAACGAGGCCGCCGAGGUCAUCCAUCGCGCCCUGACCAUGCCCGAGGAUGAACGUGUGCUACGUAUGGCGCGUCUGCGUCGCCGUGAGGCCGAGUGCGAUGUUAGCCAUUGGAUGCGUUGCUUCCUCAAGGCCGUGGGCGCCUUGGAGAUGGACGAUGUGGGCACCACCAUUAUGCAGCCCGUCUCUGUGGACGACUUCGAUGACUACUUACUCAAAUACAUCGGAUACAAUCACAAGUUGGCUUUACUGCUGGACUACGACGGUACCUUGGCGCCCAUUGCUCCUCAUCCUGAUCUGGCCACACUCUCGCCAGAGAUCAAGAAUGUGCUCUUCAAACUCUCCAAUCACUCCGAUGUCUAUGUCGCUGUCAUCUCUGGUCGCAACGUCGACAAUGUCAAGAAAAUGGUUGGCAUCGAGGGCAUCACAUAUGCGGGUAAUCAUGGUCUGGAAAUCCUGCAUCCCGAUGGCAGCAAGUUUGUGCAUCCCAUGCCCAUUGAGUACGAGGACAAAGUCAGCCAUCUGCUGAAGGCAUUGCAGGACUCGGUGUGCCGUGAUGGCGCAUGGGUAGAAAACAAAGGUGCGCUGCUCACAUUCCAUUAUCGUGAGACACCCGUACAGCUGCGUCCCGAUAUGGUGGACAAGGCGCGCAGUCUGAUCGAGAAAUAUGGCUUCAGGGCAACGGAGGCGCAUUGUGCGCUUGAGGCGCGUCCUCCAGUGGAAUGGAACAAGGGUCGUGCUGCUAUCUAUAUAUUGCGCACAUCGUUUGGUGUGGAUUGGAAUGAGCGCAUCAAAAUCAUCUAUGUGGGUGACGAUUUGACCGAUGAGGAUGCCAUGGUGGCUCUCAAAGGUAUGGCGCGCACAUUCCGCGUGACAUCAUCGGACAUUGUGAAGACCGCUGCCGAUCAUCGUUUACCCUCAACAGACUCCGUUUACACGCUGCUCAAGUGGGUGGAACGACACUUUAUGGGACGCAAGGCGAGGGCCAAUUCGUUGACUUAUCGCCCCACCAAGGGCGAUGGCGUCCAAAUGCAAAUGUCCCUCGAGGUGGCCUCUUCAGCCAACAGUCUCGAUGUCUAAACCGCAACAGUCAUCCACACACACGCACACACACACACAUGUAAUUUCUAAGAUUUAACAAUAAAGUGAACCAAAUAAAAGUCAACAA